AGUGAAGAAUUUGGCGCCAUCUUGAGAAGGUCACAGUGAUUCUUAAAAUAAAUGCCUUACUUACCGCCUAGUGUGACCUGGCGCUGGAUUUAGUCUCCCCAGCAACUGCGCCUCAAACGGAGAGAAAACUGCAAGUCCUCGAGGAAGGAUCGAUUGCACCAUUCAAAAGAAAACCGCAUUUCCCAAAGAGAUUUCUCCCCUUUAUGUAAACGCCUGGUACCUAGCAGGCGUUAAAAUACACGAGAGUUUUUUUGGUUUUAUAAGAUCACAUACUGCAAACCAACAGUAAAUGAUUACAUUAAUAAGCACUUCUUUAGAAAUUCUUAGUUGCUAGGCACUGACAUAUAAAUUGAGUUUGCUGUUGUUUUAGAGAGAAACAUAGACAUAUAUUCAUUUUUUUUUCCAUCAGGACAUGGUGUUUGUUUCCUUCUUAAGCUUCCCAUGUUUGAGGUAGGAAAGUAUUGAUGUGUGUCUCGAUCUCCAUCUACCUUGCUCCCUCAUUAGCAAGUUUAAUGGCAGGAAUUACGUCUGUUUUUGCUUUCCGUUGGAUCCCCAGGUCUAGUAUAGCGCCUUGACACAUAGUAGGUACUCGACACAGAUGCUGGCUUCAUGAUGAAAGAGUUGUCCUCGAAUUAAUACAAAAGGGAAGGUUCAGGCUCAGCGAGUUGGUACCACUUGUCUAGGGACACACAGCCAGGAAGGAACCAAACCAGGAUUCUAACCCAGGAUCAUCCAAGUUCUAACUGAACCUAAGUCCCUGAGCGACCCCGGACGAGUGACUAAACCGCCCUAAAUCUCAGCUUCCUUAGCUGCAAAGUAGGGUUAGGAAAAGUGGACUGGGUGGUCCUCUGCGCCGCAUUCCGGCAGCGGGCUUUGUGAAAGCGAACUUGAGCCCCACACGGCAGCAACCUGAGGUCCUCUCCACCAGAAUCUAGCACCCGAGACAAGACCUCCGGCGACUUCAGACCUUCCCGCUCCCGACCCCGCCCUCCCCGAGAGGCGUGGUCAAGGCGGGGCCAGAGCGCAAACGCUUGCACCGAACUGUAGGCGCAGGCGCAAAGCCUCGGUGAGUUCGGGGGCGGGUUCCCAGCUCGGAGCCGACUCGCAGACGCGCCCCGCCCCUUGGCGUUGCUCUGAACUGGCGCAGGCGCAGGCGUAGGCCGGCAAGAUGGCGGCGGCUGGAGCGGGCCGUCUGAGGCGGGCGGCGUCUGCCCUGCUGCUCCGGAGCCCCCGCCUGCCUGCCCGGGAGCUGUCGGCCCCGGCCCGGCUCUAUCACAAGAAGGUUGUUGAUCAUUAUGAAAAUCCUAGAAACGUGGGGUCCCUUGACAAGACAUCUAAAAAUGUUGGAACUGGAUUGGUCGGGGCUCCAGCAUGUGGUGAUGUAAUGAAAUUACAGAUUCAAGUGGAUGAAAAGGGGAAGAUUGUGGAUGCUAGGUUUAAAACAUUUGGCUGUGGUUCUGCCAUUGCCUCCAGUUCAUUAGCCACUGAAUGGGUGAAAGGAAAGACGGUGGAGGAAGCCUUGACUAUCAAAAAUACAGAUAUCGCCAAGGAGCUCUGCCUUCCUCCCGUGAAACUGCACUGCUCCAAAUCUGCUGUUUCCAGCAAAGGAGAAAACUCAGCUUUCUGCAUAAUCCUGUUUCCUGUGUGUUUCAUCACUUCCUCUCUGGAAGCUAUUUCUGUUGGAGUCUGUUUCUGUCUAUAUGGAACAACUAAGCCCAGUGGUCAAUGUCCCCUGCUCUGCUGUCCUUUAAAAAAAGCCCAGAUGCCUUAAGACUUACACUUGGCUUUCCAGUUGGGUCUGUCUAUUACAUCUAAUUGUUUUUGUUGUUGUUUUUUUUUAAUCAUUUCUUAACCUUCUCAGGGAAAGAAGGAAUGAGAAGCAGACUUAACGCAUCAAUGGAGGUUUACUAACCAAAUUAGUUAAAAAUCAUCAGAGAGUCAGGCCUCUUGCCAGGGUAAUACUCACAGGAGAAGAGCCAGGUGCUGGGGUAGACACACUAACUCAUUCUUCAGGAAGCCUGGUCAGACCCAAGUUCUUUCCACUUGAUCUGGAAUUUUAAGUACCCAUAAGGAAACAUCGCUUGUAAACAUUUUCAUGUGGUUUCAGGAAAACCCCAGCCCUUUUAUUAGGCCUUUUUAGAUGCUGAAACCUUUAGCUGGUGUUCUCUGCUAUUUGCUUUCUGCUGUCCUUCCAGCUCCCUUUUGAUUUUCCCUAUAGCCUCACGUUGAAUAUUGACUCCUAAAUAAAAGUGGUCAAACUCUCGAUCACUAGAGGGUGAUAUGGCAAAUGCCAUCCCAUCAACAGAUUGACAUCAUCUUUUUCCAAAGGACAUGUCAACUUUUUAUCAUGACAUGAUUUUGUCCAAAGCCAGACUUUAAUGGGAGCAGGUGAGAACUAACAUUUGCCAUGUCCCUACUAUCUGUCAGACAUCUUCUCUAAGUCCCCACACUAUCCUGACAAGAAAAGCAUGAUUAUCUCAGUUCUAUAGAAAGGUUUGAAGACCCUAAGGAAUUAGCCUGGGAUCACAGAUAUUUAAACCCUACUCUGUCUCCAGGAUCACCCACAGGAGUAGUUCAGCUCAGGAGGCAGCUCCUGACCUGCCCGGCUACUCCUCUCCCCAGCUUUCUGGCUUGGUUACCCUGUUAGUCCCUGCCAGCACCACUGCCUCUCAGCUCUUAAAGAUUCUAUUCCCAAGACCAUUUCUUCUGCAUCUAGAAACUAAGGCUGCUUUCCUUCUGUUACUUCUAGUGCUGGCUGAAGAUGCAAUCAAGGCCGCCCUGGCUGAUUACAAGUUGAAACAAGAACCCAAAAAAGGAGAGGCAGAGAAGAAAUGAGCCCUCCCUGGGCGAAGCCUCCAGGAGGCUACACCAGCUGUUUCCCACCUGCUGUGCAAUCACCUUAGAUGUUCAGAAGCCGCUCCCUCUACACUGAAGAGCUAUGAGAUACGCACAAUACUUUCUGUUCAUGUUAUGACUUAUGCAAGCAAAAUACACAGUUUCAUUGUUCUGAAUCCAUGGUUUCUUUAAGCCCACUCUUAUCGCCUUAACCUAGUUAAUGUAUAUUUUGAAUUGUGUGUAUGGCCUCAGAACUGAAAUUAAUAAUGAAGACUCAAGUUUUGAUAGCCCAUGAAGUGUAUAAAUAUCAUAAUUUUACCUGAUUGAUUUGGGGGGAAAUUACCAGUAGAAUGCCUUGGUCUGAUUAUUUGAUAGAACCAAUUGCUGUACAUAAAACAUCUGCAUAUAUAUAUAUAAAAUAAUAAUAAAAUAAUGGAAGAUGA